AGCUGAAACUUCGAUUUCUUCUACAGUUCUGAUUCGACAAAAUACCCGACAAAACCAAAAAAAAAAUUGCACUUGCCUCUCUCUCUCUCUCUCUCUGUCUCUCCAUUUUCGCCAUGGGAAGCAAAUCGAGCUCAAGCAGUGGCAACGUGAGCAAUCAAAGAAGCAAACAUGGAGAAGAUCACAGCGAAAAGAUGAAACCUCUAACACCAAAAAUCCAAAACAAUGGCCGAAUCUCCCACUUGGGUUUCCUACGUUCUCCUCUCCCAUGGCUCUUCAUCGUCCUCUUCCUCCCAUGGCUCCUCCUCUCCGGUCGCUUUGGACGCCUUCCUUGUCGUCCCUCCUCCCCCGACCGCCAUGUGUCACGCUUACAGUUCGCCAACUCAUCCUCCUCCGGUGCCCUCGAUGCACCAGCAGAGGCCGGUGAAUACGACGUCGUCCCGAGGGUGCCCUCGAUGCACCCGCAGAGGCCGAGGAGGUUCAAUACGACGUUGGACCAUGUCGUUUUCGGGAUCGCGGCUUCGUCGGUGCUGUGGGAGACGAGGAAGGAGUACAUCAAGUCAUGGUGGAGACCCCGGAAGACACGUGGCGUUGUCUGGAUCGACAAGAGGGUCCGGACUUACCGGAACGAACCCUUGCCGGAGAUCCGAAUCUCCCAGGACACGUCACGUUUCCGGUACACUCACCCAGUGGGAGACCGAUCGGCGGUGAGAAUCUCAAGAGUGGUGACGGAGACACUGCGGCUGGGGAAACCGGACGUGAGGUGGUUCGUGAUGGGGGACGACGACACGGUCUUCGUGGUCGACAACGUCGUCAAUGUCCUGUCCAAGUACGACCACACCCAGUUCUACUACGUCGGCAGCUCAUCGGAGGCUCACGUCCAGAACAUCUUCUUCUCUUACUCCAUGGCCUUCGGCGGCGGCGGCUUCGCCAUCAGCUACCCUCUCGCCGUCGAGCUCUCCAAAUUGCAGGACCGCUGCAUCCAGCGUUAUCCCGCCCUCUAUGGCAGCGACGACCGCAUUCAAGCUUGCAUGGCCGAGCUCGGUGUUCCUCUCACCAAAGAGCCCGGCUUUCACCAGUACGAUGUGUACGGGGACCUGCAGGGUUUACUGGGGGCGCACCCAGUGACGCCAUUGGUGUCGCUGCACCAUAUAGACGUGGUUAGACCGAUAUUCCCGACGAUGACUCGGGCGAGAGCCCUCCGUCAUCUCAUGUCGUCUGCCUCCCUGGACGCAGCCAGCAUCUUCCAGCAGUCCAUCUGCUACGACCAGAGCCGGUUCUGGUCUAUCUCUGUCUCGUGGGGAUUUGUUGUCCACAUCAUCCGAGGCGUCAUCUCCCCUCGUGAGCUCGAGAUGCCUUCUCGAACCUUCCUCAACUGGUUCCGCAAGGCCGACUACAUCGGGUACGCGUUCAACACGAGGCCUGUGGCGAGGCAUCCGUGCCAGAGGCCGUUCGUGUUUUACAUGAAAUCGGCAAAGUACGACAAGGGACGACGCCAAGUCAUCGGGUACUAUGCCCUGGACAAGAAGAUGAGAAUCCCGGGCUGCCGCUGGCGGAUGGAUUCGCCGGAAAAGAUCGAUUCCGUCGUUGUUCUCAAGAGACCUGACCCUCUCCGGUGGCACAAGGUACCCACCAUCACCCCCGUCCGGUUCGGCACUACAGAUAUUUUGAUCAUACCGGUUUUGAGAGAUAAAACUAGCGGAAUCAACUGGUUUUUGCAUCGGCUAUGCUUUUUUUUACAUGGGUUCCGGGCGAUUUAGUCGACUGAAAAUCGAAAAUCUCGGCUGGUUCUCCAUCGGUACAUUGUAAAACCCGGUUUGGCAAACGUUUUAUAAAUUUUUCUUGUGGUGCAGUCACCAAGGAGGGACUGUUGCAGGGUAAUGCCGAGCAGGAGAAACUCUACCAUGUACAUAUGGGUCGGAAAUUGCAGAGAUGGAGAGA